UCACAACAUCCACUCACAACAGCAAGCCUUGAUCAACACUCUACUACAUACUUUCUACAACUCUUCGAAGUUUUAAAAAUCAGUCACAAUGGGUUUCACUCACUACUCCGGCCCUGCCUCCAGCUUCCCCGGCAAGGACCAGUGGAAGUCGUUCGAGGAGAUCUUCAACGCCAACAAGUCCGCCAUGGCAGCUACUGGAGACACUGGCGAGGACAUCGGCCGUAUCUGGAACGCCGUCAACGAAUGCGCCAAGAUCGGCGUUGAGGAGCGCGUCAUCUUCGCCAUCAUCAUGCAAGAGAGCACCGGCAACGUCGGUGUCCGCACCACCGUGAACGCGGACGGCCACGGCACUGCCGGUCUCAUGCAAUGCGACGGCAGCCCUGGUUUCCCUGGCCAGCACGGUCUCAGCCAGGACCAAAUCACCUCCAUGGUUCGCGCCGGCACCAACCACUUCAAGCAGAACCUCAAGGACUUCGGCGACGCCGACACCGCCGAGUGCAUCUACAAGGCCCUGCGCGAGUACAACUCGGGCUCCGUCAACCCCAACGACCUCAGCGACGGCCGCGGUGCUACUCCCAGCUACGUCUCCGACAUCGCUAACCGCCUCCUCGGCCGCACCAACUAAGCUGCUGCUUUGUCCGUGAUAAAAGGGGGUGAAGGGGGAAUCUGUAGUAUAUAGGGGGUUUUGAAUAUAUGUUAUAGAGAGAGAGAGAGAGAGAGAGAGCGAGCAAUGGUUACAAUUAUGUACGCUUAGAACAC